AUGGACACCAAGGAAGCCACAGCCUCAAAGGCUCUGGUCAGGAAACGAACAGACCUCGAUCUGAUGCCUGCACCGCCGCCCGUCAAGAAGAUUAAACGACCCAAAAAGGUCCUUGACGAAGACUCAUACACUGAAGCUCUCUCACAAAUUAUUGCUCGGGACUUCUUCCCCGGUCUUUUGGAAACUGAAACCCAACAAGAGUACCUUGAUGCACUCGAAUCCAAGGAUCCCGCCUGGAUAUCAAGCGCAGGUCGAAGACUGCAACAUGUCAUGACACCUGGACGACACAGGACACCCUCAGGGACCAAAUCUUCAUUACACCAGGGUGGGCGCACCCCUACCACUUUUGUUGGAGAGACACCCGCCUCAGUCGUAUCCUCAGUUGUUCAGGAGCACCCAAAACUUGAUACCAACAUGAGUCUUUCCAAGUUUCAAGCAACAUAUACAAGUGAAGACAACGAAAGCUUCUACAGGUUGGUUGACAAGCAGAAUCAAAAGAAGGCUGACAAAUAUGCUUGGCUAUGGCGAGGAAACAAGCUCCCUUCCAAGCAGAUGAUUAAACAAAAGGAAGUUUCCGACAAGCUAGCUGAGUCCCGCAGUCUGCUAGAUGACGGCUUUAAACGCGACAGGCUCGCCAUAAAGGAUCGUGAGGAUCGACCAGCUAGACCAGAUGCUUGGGAUGCGGCACCUCAAAACGGACUGAUGUUCCAGCCUGACGGGCUCGAGGACGGUGUGGUGACAAUGGCACAGCAGGCUGACGACGCAUCUCGAAUGGCUCCAAGGGCCAUCGUGUAUGCGAACACGCGCGUUCCUCAGCCUCAUGUGCCCCAACGGCCACCGUCACCAACCAUGUCGUCCGUAAGAGACGCAAUCGCCGGCAAACCUCGCCUCAACGACCAAGACUCGAGCGUUGUUGGAGGUGGUGAGACUCCAAAAGUAAAUGGAUACUCCUUUGUAGAUGAUGAAGACGACGACGGAGCAGAAUCUUCUGCAUCGCUACCUGCCAUCAAUUUGGGUCCUGGGGACUCGCACAAUCCAUUCAAGCUUCAAGAGCAAAGAAAAAGGGAGCUUCUUCACGAACGCAUGGUUGAUCGAAUAGCAAAAUCCAACAAGGAAUCGUCCCGUCACGGAUUUACUGGCAAAGAUGAAACGCCACAAGUACCUAGGUUUCCCAGUAGUCCAAGGGUCUCAGGAGACCUUACUCCUGCUGCUCAACGAUUAUGGAGCAAGAUGUCUACUCCGCGAAACAAAACCCCUGGCAGCUCUUUCGGUCAGUCUACUCCGUUGAGGCCACGAGGGUCGCUACUGAGAAGCGUCACACAACCAACCUCCAAAAAGGACUGA